GUUGAUGAAAAAGAGAAUUCAAUAAUCAAUUUUAAUUUUUAAUAAAGCUAUAGAAAACAACAAUGGCCUUUAGUGAAGGUGAAGUUUGUAGAAUUUGUUUAAGCGUUAAUAUACGCAUGUUUGCGCUAAAGGAGACUGGCCUCCAAAAUUUGUAUAAAACAUUGACGAACAGUUUUUCAAUACCAAAACCGCAUAAGGUUAGAGAUGAGAUUAAAUUCACACCAAUUUAUCAUAUAGAUAUCUGGCCUGUAGAGUGUGAUAUAGAAAAUGAUUGCAAGGAUGAAAUUUUUUGCCUUGAUGCCGUUAAAGUUGAGGAAGAGAUUUUCGAAUAUGAGAAUUCCAAAUUGGAAGUAAAUGAGAAUCAUGAAACAGAACGAUACAUCACACCGACAAAUAAUUUUUCAAAACUGUCUGAGAGGAAGAUUAAAUCAAAUUCUAUUGAUUGUAACAUAAACGAUGUUAGUAAAGGAAACCUCGAUUUAGAAAGCCCUACUAUUAAAUCAAAGCCUAAAGUCAAAAAAGAUAAUCCCCCAAUUAAUAAAAAAGGAAAGCAUCCUGCAAAGAUUAUGAAAAAGAAAAUUCUGAAACAAAAGAGUGUAAAUAUACUUACGAAAAAAACGUCAGGGGCAUCAACAAAAAACAUUCUCGCCAAACACAUUUCAUACAAUCAUAAGACGCAAAAGAACUCAGAAGUUGAACAAACUCCAGUACCACAACUAAUGGAGGAAACAUUUAAUUGUGAUAUUUGUGAAUUUAAAACAUCUCAAAAACGCCGCAUUUUGGCACAUCUUAAAGCGCACGUCGCUGAACAAGUGUACUGUUGUAAUAAUUGUGAUUAUAAAUGUAUUAAAAAAGAUCGUUUGCAGAGACAUAUGAAAAUACAUACUGGAGAAAAACCUUUUUCAUGUCAUAUCUGUAAAUAUCAAUGUAUUCAAAAAAGUAAUUUGCAAACACAUAUGAAAAUACAUACUGGAGAAAAACCUUUUUCCUGUCAUAUCUGUAAAUAUCAAUGUAUUCACAAAAGUAAUUUGCAAACACAUCUGAAAAUUCAUACUGGAGAAAAACCUUUUUCAUGUAAUAUGUGUGAAUAUAAAUGUGUUAUAAAAAGUGAUUUGCAAAGACAUAUGAAAAUACAUACAGGAGAAAAAAAAUUUUCAUGUCAUAUCUGUAAAUAUCAAUGUAUUCGAAAAAGUAAUUUGCAAACACAUAUGAAAAUACAUACUGGAGAAAAACCUUUUUCGUGUCAUAUCUGUAAAUAUCAAUGUAUUUACAAAUGUAAUUUUCAAACACAUAUGAAAAUACAUACUGGAGAAAAACCUUUUUCGUGUCAUAUCUGUGAAUAUCAAUGUAUUCGAAAAAGUAAUUUGCAUUCACAUAUGAAAAUACAUACUGGAGAAAAACCUUUUUCGUGCUAUAUCUGUAAAUAUCAAUGUAUUCGAAAAAAUAAUUUGCAAUCACAUAUGAAAAUACAUACUGGCGACAAACCUUUUUCGUGUCAUAUCUGUAAAUAUAAAUGUAUUACAAAAAGUGAUUUGCAAAAGCAUAUGAGAAUACAUACUGGAGAAAAACCUUUUUCAUGUAAUAUCUGUGAAUAUAAAUGUAUUCAAAAAAGUAAUUUGCAAAGGCAUAUGAAAACACACACUUGAGCAGAACCUUUUUCGUGAGAGAUCUGGUAAAAUAUGUACAAUAUUAUGUAAACGUGUUUUGUAAACAUAUAAAAGUAUAUGAGAUAAAAAUACAUUUGUCAUGAAUUUCUUUUGUAACUAUAGAAGUAGAAAAACCUUUCCGUGUCUUAUGUGCUACUUGAAACUGUAGUUAUUCUGAAGAAGUUAAUUCAAAAACCAAAGAAACAACCAAAUGAAAUCGAACCUUGAAAUAUGUACCGAGUGGUUCAUAUUCAUUCAACACCUUCAUGUUUCUUUUUAAAUUUAAAUGAUACUAGUUUAUGUUUUACUUUUUUCGUUUCGAUGUUUAUCGUUACCGUUACAGCCUAUUAAAGUCCACUGUUCAAUAUAGGCCUCCCCCACGGAUUGACUCAUAGGAGAUAGAUAUAAGAAUAUCCACUACCCCAUAUCAUCCCGAGUGUGUCGUAGAGGCGACAGAGAGAAACAAAUCAGGAGCUGGGCAGCAGGGUCUUCGUAAUAAAAUAAAAAAACUGUGUUGCCAACCCGCUUGCCAAGCGUGGCAACUAUGGCAAAUAUCCCCCCAUGAUCUGGUCUGUUUCCACUAACCUCCCAUUUGUUUCAUAUUUGAAAGUUUAUUUUUUUUGGUUUUUGAAUCAGCUUCUUCAGAAUAAAUGCAGUUUCAAUUAGCACAUAAGGCACGUAAAGGUUUUUCUACUCGUUCUAUCAUUCCGUACAAGAUGGCUUUUGUAGUCGAGUUAUUAAUACAUUUCAUAUUUACACUGUAAAAUGUCCAGACUGAAUUCGGAGUGAAACUGAAACAUUGAACUCCUGCCGUGGCAGCUAACUAUGAAUUAAAGUGUAAGACAUUUACAUCACUACUUUUGGUUUUUUAAUCUUAGGUUUUCUUUGAUCUUAUAGAUUACCCUAUGUACGUUAAUGAAGGAAAUGAUUUUGUUAUGUAUGUUAACGCGCGGACAUUGUUUUUAUUAGUUUUACCUUGACUUGUACUAAAAAACUUUACAGGUUAAGUACUGUAAGGCAGUUUUCUUGCAGAGGCUUUAUUUAGUUAGGUGUUGUUGUAAAGUGAAAUGUAUCUUCACGAUUGUUUGAACUUUUUGUUAAAUUCUAUAUAAGUCAAAGACUUGUGUACUACUCGAGCAGCAAUUUAUACUUCGGGCAAGGGGAUAAAAGUUUUUCGAUGUUACUCCAUCAUAUCUGAACAGAUGUCAUCAAAGGUUUUUCUUUUCUUUACAAAGGUUACAUUGUCUAAAGGUUGUACAAAGAUUACAUAGUUUGGAGACGAAACUCCUCAGCGAGUCAUAGCACAGCGAUCGCGAUCAGUGUAAUAGCUUAAGAUAAAUUAAAUUUUAACCCUACAUGAUAUAUAAGUAAAUGCUGUAAUACAUAAGGUAAGAGAUCCCCUAGUAAUGAAUAUAGCUUAUUUAACAUUAUAGGUUUAGAAUAGAAUAGAAUAGAAAACUUACUGUAUUGACGUAUGUUUACGCCCACCCUUGCUGGACCACAAAGGAGGUGCGUCGCGCGGGCGCGGGAGGACAGCUGAGACGGACUGGCUGGCAAAAACUACCGCCGUGCAUUAUUAUACUUAACGCGGCUAUAUCUACAUCAUUAUUGUAACGAGGAUUAAUACAGUUUUGUCAUAAUUAUAUAUAUUUGUUGGAAGAAAUUAUAAGUAUUCGUC